AUGCUUCGAUGUCCUGCCGAUUUUCAUAAGUACCGUCCAGUCACUCCACUCGAUGGUCUUUGUAGCCGAGCGAAUCACGGAGAGACAAGUAGGAUCCGUAUUCCAGCAAGAACUUUUUACACACCGUUAACGGAUGAAUUUUGUAUUCCAGCAAGAACUUCUUAUACACCGUUAACGAAUGAAAACGCAGCAAGAACGUCUUAUACACCGUUAACGAAUGAAUCCCGUAUUCCAGCAAGAGCUUUUUAUACACCGUUAACAAAUGAAUUUUGUAUUCCAGCAAGAACGUCUUAUACACCGUUAACGGAUGAAUCUCAGAUUCCAGCAGAAACUUUUUACACACCGUUAACGAAUGAAUUUCGUAUUCCAGCAGGAACUUUUCAUACACCGUUAACGGAUGAAUCCCGUAUUCCAGCAAGAACGUCUUAUACACCGUUAACGAAUGAAAACCAGCAAGAACUUCUUAUACACCGUUAA